UUUUCUGCCACUGUCACCAGAGAGUCCAGCUCUGUGCCCACCACUGAGCCAGCUCUCCUCACCAGUCUGUCCAGUCGACCAGCGUCUCUCUUCUUGCUGCUUCCUCCCCAGCAGACCACUGCAUAAAAGAGGACGCUGGCCACCACAGACUGGUAAAACAUCUGCAACAGUUUUUUGCAGAUGUUGAAGGACCCCAGCCUUCUCAGGAAGUACAGACGGCUCUGCCCUUUCCUGUGUAGAGCGUCCAUAUUUGCUGUCCAGUCCAGCUUGUCGUCCAGCUGCUGCCCCAGCAGAAGCUUCCUGUAAACUCAGACCAGAGCCAACAUGGCCGGAGUUGUGGCCAAGCGCGAGGGACCGCAGUUCAUAAGCGAAGUGUCCGUGAGGGGGAACGCCGCCGUGCUGGACUACUGCCGCACCUCUGUCUCCGCUCUGUCCGGAGCAACGGCCGGCAUCCUGGGGCUGACGGGACUGUACGGCUUCAUUUUUUAUUUCCUCUCAGCGUUUCUCCUCUCUCUGCUGCUCAUUCUGAAGGCCGGACGGCGGUGGAACAAAUGCUUUAAGUCCCGGCGCCUGCUCUUCACCGGAGGCCUUGUCGGAGGUCUUUUUACUUACGUCCUGUUCUGGACUUUCCUUUACGGAAUGGUGCAUGUGUACUAAAAUGAUCCAUCACUAACGACCCUGAAAUAUUACUGUCUAAUCCCACGCAAACCAAUAAGAAUUGUCUGCCCUGCUGUUUGUAGAUAAGCCAUUAGUGAAAGACUCGAGAUUUUUCCAUGAUGUACUUUUGAUUAUACUGUGUCAAUAACUAUUAUCAUAUGCAAAAUAAACUGUCCCCAUUUUCCUCCUGCUCCACACUAACCUGUGACUGAACUUAUUUAACCUGUUAACCUGACCUUAUUAUAAUGUAGGUGAUGGUGUAGCAUAGAUCAAACCAUUUAACAUUAUCAUGUACAAUACUAUGGUCAGAUUAUAAAUGUGAUUACUGAUUUGAAUAAAAACUUCCUAAACAA